AUGUCGCGGACGGUGCAGACAAUGGAGUUCUUUGGCUACUCCUUGCCCACUGGCUACGUCUUCUUCCUAAUGCUGGGCACCAUCCUCUAUUUCUCCCUAAAGAUCAUCCGUUAUGGGCUGAAUACGGUUUCUCUCUCUCUCUCUCCCUACUCCCCACCUCCUCGCAGCUUUUCUUCUAAGCGAGGGAAAGGAGGGGGGAGGAAAUUUCACGCAUUCCUAAGAGCAGUCAUAGAGACGUCCCCCUGGUUUCUACAGCAGUGGAGACAGGUGGGACGGCAAUUGCGUGCAGCUGGGGAAUCGAUAGAAGUGCUGAAGCUGUGGCAACUCGUUGAUCAGGCGCUUCAGGACCCCACGGAAGGGAUCGAAUUGUUGCUUAAUGAGGGGAAAUUGCAACAAUCAGUGCAAUUGUAUGGUCCCCAUGCAAGUUUUACACAGGCAAUCCUUGAUAACAUAGGACAGCAAGGCCUGAUACCCGAGGAUUGGAGGAACUUAGUAAGGGCGGUGUUAGGCGGGGGUGACUUCCUCUUAUGGUUAGCUGCUUAUAGAGAAUUUGCUCGAGAAUAUUCAAAGCAGAACUAUAGAGCAGGGAAUCAAAUAUGGGAUGAGGAAAUGUUAAAUGGAGAAGGGCGAUUUGCCAAUCCCGAUGAUCAGGCCCGACUACCAACAGCUGUCCUCUUACAAGCCAGGCCCCAUAAAAAGACCAGGUGUAUAUGGGCAACAGCCAAAAAAUGGAAUGUGGGCCCCUGCACCCCGGGGCCAAAACAAUCGGUGGGUGCCACGGUCCCAACAAUACAGAAACCAAAUAUUUACUGCUCAGAGUUACGAGCCACCGGGUAUUCGGUACUAACACCUCAAAUGGGAGCACAAGCCAUAGAGGUGAUGGCAGAUACAAUUUCGGCCAGGCAGAAGGGACUUGGAAUAAUUAUAGGAAAGGCAACAAAUGCUUUAAGAGGCCUAAUGGUCAUUACUGGAGUUGUCCAAUUACCCUUUGAUAAGUUAAAGGUGCUGCUACAAUCCACAAAGGGCAUUGUACAAAUUAAGCCAGAAGAACCUGUGGCUCAGAUGCUGAUUAUGACUGGAGCACAGGAUGUUCAUGGACCCCAAGGGGAGAAAUUUGCAGCCUUAUCCCUGUCUUUAGUAGAUCGACCUCUAUGGACCUUAACCAUUAGAGGAAAGUCGAUUCAGGGCCUGCUAGAUACGGGUGCAGAUGUAAGUAUAAUUUUGGAAAAUGAUUGGCCGAAGUCGUGGCCCCUUCAGCCAGGAGAUAAUACUUUAGUAGGCCUAGGUGCGGCCAUGACACCAUCAAGGAGUGCUCAGGUGCUUCGUUGGCAGGAUCAAGAAGGGAACAAGGGAAAUGUGCAACCUUAUGUUAGUGCACUCCCCAUCACAUUAUUGGGAAGAGACAUUUUGGAACAAAUGGGACUGACAUUAACCAAUGAAGACCAGUUGGAGAGUUCUCCAGGACGGCGUAUUAUGUAUAAAAAGGGAUAUCAGGAGAGAGGAUUAGGUUCCAGAGGAGAAGGCAGAAGGGACCUAGCCCAGCCCAAAGGCUACUUUAAAAGACAGGACACAGGUUUUUCGUGGGGGCCACUGAGAUGCAGCCGCUGCCAUUGUCAUGGCUGGACAACAAGCCAAAGUGGAUACCACAGUGGCCCCUUACCCAGGAAAAGCUGGCUGCGGUAAAUGAUAUAGUGUUACAACAAUUAGAGGCAGGCCAUUUGCAACCAUCAACCUCCCCAUGGAAUACGCCAAUAUUUGUGAUAAAGAAAAAAUCGGGGAAAUACUGGUUGUUGCAUGAUUUACGGGCUGUUAAUCAGCAGAUGCAACCCAUGGGGGCAUUACAACCCGGACUCCCGGUUCCUACUAUGAUCCCAAAGCAUUGGCCAUUAAUAGUACUUGAUCUGAAGGACUGCUUUUUUAGCAUACCUCUACAUGAACAAGACACUCAGAGGUUUGCUUUCACCAUACCUUCCAUUAAUCAUCAAGGUCCUGACAAAAGAUAUGGAUGGAAAGUGCUUCCCCAAGGAAUGACUAAUAGUCCUGCCAUAUGCCAGCUAUAUGUUGACCAGGCAGUAGAGCCGGUUCAACAACCAUGCCCAGAAAUACAAAUUUUACAUUACAUGGAUGACCUGUUAAUAACGGCUGAAAGUGAAAGUCACCUUAUGGAAGCAUAUAAGCUGUUGCUAUUAUAUUUGGAAAAAGUUGGGUUACAAGUAGCACCAGAGAAGAUACAAAAAGGGGAAGUAGUACAGUACUUAGGGCUUAAAGUAACUUCUGAAAAGGUGAAUCCAUUAGAAUUUGAAAUUGCAAUAGAUGGAUUGCAGACCCUUAAUGACUUCCAAAAAUUAUGUGGCAAUUUAAAUUGGUUGAGGCCCUAUUGUAAAUUAACCACCGAAGAUAUGAUGCCAUUAUUCAAUAUUUUAGAGGGAGAUGCCCAGCUUGAUUCCCCUCGUAGAUUGACAAAAGAAGCCCGCUUGGCGUUACAGAAAAUCGAAAAACAAAUUAAAGCAAUGCAGAUGGAAAGAUGUGAUCUACAACAAGCCCUAGAAAUAUUAAUUUUUAUGGAACAGCUGUAUCCCUUCGCAGUCAUUUGGCAAGGAGGACCCUUGUUGUUCGUAUACCCACAUUCACAUGCACCGCGUGUACUAUACACCCAAGGCAUUGCGGUGGCUGAUUUGAUAUUAACAGCAAUAAAAAAGGUGACAGAAAUGGCAGGGAAGACUCCAAAGCGAUGUGUAGUUCCCUUUGCUCAAUUGGCAGUAGAAGCCUUUACAAGGGAAUGCUGGCAAUGGGCAUACAUAGUUCUCAUUCUACAAAUAGAGAUUGACAAUCACUACCCUCGCCAUCCAUUUGUUAACUUCUGCACACAGGUUUCAAUAAAACGGGUGCAGAAGGUGCGAAGGGAUCCAAUUCAAGGGGCAGUUACCGUAUUUAUGGAUGGAGCUAAAGGCGGAACAGGAGCAGCUAUACUUGGCAAUCAACGAUAUUUUGUUUUAACAGCAUCCCCUUCUCCACAACAUGCAGAAUUAGCUAUUAUCGCGACAGUAUUAUGCAGAGAGAGCGCACCCAUGAAUAUUUUGUCUGAUAGUGCAUAUGUGGUGAAUGCAGUUCAGAUGCUUGCUACACAGUGCCUUAUUCUUAAAUCCUCCUCAGUCUAUUCUUAUUUAAGCGAAAUUCAGGGGUUAUUAAAUCAGAGAGAGCAUGCUAUUUACAUAGGCCACAUAAGAGCUCAUUCUAAUUUACCCGGCCCACUUACUCGAGGUAACAUGAUGGCCGAUCAUUAUUCAAGAUUCUUGCUUGCAUGCACCGCUUUGGAACAAGCUAAAGAAUAUCACUCUAAAUGGCAUGUCAACACCCACACUUUAAGUUUUAAAUUUAAUAUUCCCCGCAAGCAAGCAGAAGGUAUUAUUAGGUCCUGUGAAAAGUGUGUUGUUGCCACAGUUCCAAAGAUUCCUGCGGGACCAAUCCCCGUGGCCUUAAACCAGGACAUAUCUGGCAGAUGGACAUUACACAUAUCCCUUCUUUUGGGUGACAAAGCUGUGUUCAUGUCACUGUAGAUACAUAUUCAGGUGUAGUUAUUGCCACAGCCAUGAAUAAAGAAGGAGUACAACAAGUAAUCCAACACUGCUUGCAGGCUUUUGCAGCCUGGGGAGUUCCUCAUGUGAUCAAAAUGGAUAAUGGCCCAGCGUAUACAUCAGCUCAUUUUGCUGCAUUUUUGAAAGAAUUCGGAAUCUCCCAUAUUACCGGUAUUCCUUAUAAUCCACAAGGGCAAGCUGUGGUAGAACGCACUCACUUAUAUUUAAAAAAUUUAAUAAUUAAACAAAAAGGGGGAAUAGGGGAAAUGGCCGCAUCCAAUAAGGAUGCUUUGGCCUUAGCUCUUUAUACAAUUAAUUUUUUGAACAAGAAAAAGAACGGCAAAACACCUGCAGAAAUGCAUGCUCAAUCAGCUGAUAAGGAAUCAAUACAGUGGGUAAUGUGGAAGGAUUUACAGGAUAACCAAUGGAAAGGCCCAUUCCCCUUACUUAGAAGAGUACGAGGCGCCGUUUGUUUUUUUCCGCAGGGUGCGGCACAACCAAUAUGGACCUCCGAGAGAAGAAUUCGCUUGGUGAACCUACCAGCAGAGGAGCUAGAAGAAAAAAAUUCCAUUUGAGGAAGGAAACAAUGAAUAACCAAUCCCUGAGAUCCUUGGAAUAUGGGACAUUUUUUUUAACUUUUAUUUAAUGAAUAUAAAUUUCCAAAGUACAACUUAUGGAUUACAAUGGCUUCCCCCCCAUACCGUCCCUCCCACCCACAACCCUCCCCUUUCCCACUCCCUCUCCCCUUCCAUUCACAUCAAGAUUCAUUUUCAAUUAUCUUAAUAUACAGAAGAUCAGCUUAGUAUACAUUAAGUAAGGAUUUCAACAGUUUGCUCCCACACAGAAACAUAAAGUGAAAAAUAAUAGAUGAUUUUUUUAAAUGAUGAUGAAAUCAGAUCAGACCUAUUGUCAUGUUUAAUCCCAGUGAGAGUCAAGUUGGGAAUUGAUAAUUUCUUUUUUUUUUUUUUACAGAAGAUCAGUUUAGUAUGCAUUAAGUAAAGAUUUCAACAGUUUGCACCCACAUAGAAACACAAAGUGAAAUAUAUUGUUUGAGUACUCGUUAUAGCAUUAAAUCUCAAUGCACAGCACAUUAAGGACAGAGAUCCUACAUGAGGAGUAAGUGCACAGUGACUCCUGUUGUUGACUUUACCAAUUGACACUCCUGUCUAUGGCAUCAGUAAUCUCCC